AGAGGACAUGACCUUCUCCCAGCAGAACGGUAUCUUAUUAGACGAAAGAUCUUGCAACAAAUUUUAGUAUUCUGCUCAUAUGUUGGGGGGCUCUGACCCAUGUGCUUCCUCCCUUUGAGCCGCGGGGUGUACGUGGUACUUAUCUGCGCUAGGAGAGAUUAUACUUAUUAGGUUGUUUAGGUAAUAAUGGCUGACUUUCAACUCCACUGGAGGAGAAUUGGUAAUGUAUCUUACAAUGUUUCGAUGCAAAAAAGAUUCCACUGGAUGGAAAAAGCAAUAUUGUUUUCUCAGAGUAUAUGAAUAUCACCCAUGAUAUAGCUUUCGCUGCAAGCCUUAUGUCACAUGUCAUUAAAGGAUUUUCUGAACUAUCAAGUGACUUGCAAGAAAAUGACAAAUAUAAUUUUACCGACCGUAAACAGAUAAAUCAUCAGCAUUCUUUUCUGAUGCCAACUUUAUUUAUUGAGCAUUUAAGUUUAGAAUCUCGGGAAAUAUAUCACUGGAAGAUAAUAACUGAGCAUUUUCAAGAACUUACCUCUGACGUCACCUGGAAACUCAUAUCGAAUGUAUUGCAUAAUUUUGCGAAUUCCAUCCUAAUUGUCAUUUGUUUUGCCUCAUCUCUCAAGGCCGGUUUGAUUGUCACCUUUGCAAUUCUGUCUCAAGAGCUAUCUCAUGAAACAGUGGGCUUGAUUAUAUUAUGGAAUCUUAAAGUGCCUUUCCUCGAACCAGCAGAGAUAAUCAUCACUUCAGCUAUAAUAAAUAUUUUAUGCAUUAGCUGUGGAGUUGUAUUUGGUUCUUUUGCUAGAAAAACUGCAUUGUUUGUCACAAGUGGAAUUUUUCUCUAUAGUAUGAUGAGUGACAUGCUUCUUGAAAUGAAAAUGAAUCCGAGAAAAAAGUAUCUUCUGUUCACUGCCAAGAAUAUUAUUAUUUUAUGCGGAAUCUUAUUUAUGGUAUGCAUUUUAGAGGUGGAAAUCAAUGCGUAACUAUGCCUACAUAAGAAGUGAGUUAGCAUUCUUAGGCUAAAUAUUCCCAACAUUUAGUAGAUAAUUGAUAUAUGUGUUUAUACUGUCAUACCUCACUUUACGAACUUCAAUUUACAAACCAUGGAAUUAUGAAUUAAACUUUUAAAAAUAAAAUCUAUAUUAAAAAGAUUUAAAUUAUCUAAAUUUUUGUACCCCAAGCAAAAGCGAUGGCCUGGUAGCAUUACUUUUGCUAUAGCAGAGCCAUCUGUGAGGCAAAAUUCGAAUUAAUCCUAAUACCUUACUUUAGGACCGCCUGUUUUACGACUUACUCCUGGAACGGAAAUGUGAGGUAAUGUUCGUACGGUUCGUAAAUGUGAGGUAUUUCUUGUUGAAUGGAAAGUGUAAUCUACUCAAAUGAGCAAAAGCUUUAAAUCUUAAUAUAGUCGCCGCAUAUAAUAUACUAAUCAAAUGUUAUUUUGCAUACGUGUGGAAUAUAUUUCUUUCUUUGUUUACUAUAUGUAUAUUAUAUGUAUUUUGUUAUAUACUUAUGCAUUUUAUUAUACUACAUCCUUCCUUAUUGAAACGUCAGAAGCAUUGUUAUUCGACGUAUUAUAAGAUUUAACUCCGUUAAUGCACAUAAAUAUUUUGAGUAAUAAAAAAAGUAUUCUAUUAAAAAUAAUCUCCUCGUAAAUUUUUAAUUUUUAUUUAUACUUAUUUAUUUAUACUUAUUUAUUUUUGCACGUAAAAUAGAAAAGGCAAUUAAAAAUCUGGCCUUCGUUUGGGACGCGAACCCUAGGCCUCCCAUCUGUAUGGGAUAGGUAUCAUUCCGAUCUCAUUUACCGUCCGUCAUUUUAUUGAAUAUUGCUGAUGAUAAUGAAGUAGCGCCUUCUCAAAGAAAUUCCUGUUUGAUACGUUUCUGCUUAAAAUUUUUAUUCCGCAUUCAUGAUUUUUACAACUUGCCCUUUUUAAACUCAGUUUUAAACUCAGUUUUUUAGAAAAGCCCUGAAAAAUCUCUUAAGAGGGUUUGAUUCCUUAUUAUAUAAAAGCUCAAUAAAUAAUAAAACUAUAAUUGAUUUCUUAUAGAUUAAAUUUCGAAUCUGCUAGUUGGCAUAGAAUUUGAAAGGGGUUAAAAUUUUUCUCUCGUAACAAACAUCUCAGCCACAGAUGGUUCAUUCAAACAAUAUUCCAGAGGGAAAUUUUUCAUCAUUUGAGAAAAUGUUUAAAUAUUCGAUACUAUACAUUUUCUUCUUACUUAAUUUAUAGCAUGUCCCCCCUUCUUGUAUUUUAAGCAUAUACAGGGGGUUUCAAAAAGAAAGAGCAGAGUACAAUUUUGUAUCUUACAAUAUGUAGGAUACAAAACAUACGAUGGAAAUUUAUUAAAAAAUUAACUUAAUUGGAACAAAUUGAAACUAGACUUACUAAUUUUUAAUGAAAGUAUAACCCCUUCAAGGCAUCGACGUAUUUUCUGCAAUAACCGCAGUGCGGAAUCUUUUCGCCCUAUCACUGCUCAGGAUUAAAACAAAAACUCUCCCCAAGUUUAUAAAUAGUAAUCUCAACUACACGCGUUCUCUCUCACCGCUUCGCCUUUUUGCUGGCAACGUGUCGCUUAGCCUCUGUUAGCUAUUGUCCCUUAUGUUAAAUGUAAACUGCGUAUUUAAAAGUGUGGGGUGCGCUUACCCCUAGUGUUAUACCAAUUAAGAAGAUAUGUACUAAGAAAUUCGUCAUUCAAAAAUAAAUCAUGUUUAACUACUAAGCUGGUCGUGCUUCUUCCAAAAUUCCAACCAGUCAUUCACACGCAGCAGCUUUCUCCGCCAUCACUAAAAAAUGAAUUGGUUCAUUCCCUAAUCAAGCUAUUCUAAUAUUAAGUAUCUGCAGCGAAAUAAAUCAUCAUAUCUUCAGAAAAGUGUACUUUUGCUCAAUUGGUAAACAUUAGCGCCCCACAAUUUUGUACAUUUCAAAACAAUGGAAGAAUGCAGUUAAGUGAAGAGACGUCGUUUACCAAGCAAAUUUAGACAACAAAAGAGAGUGCACCGUUUGAUUGCAGCGGUAUUUGCAGUAAAAUUUUCCGUUAAUCUGGCUGGACAAGAAGUAUAUGCAAUGCAGAACGUUAAGGUGACAUAAUGUAGAACUAGUUUUCAGAUAUGAGGCAGUUUCGAAAACGUUAUUACUAUUUUUAGAAUAGAGGAGUGCCCAGAUUAAAAAGAGGAAUUAAAGGACUGUUGCUAAUUUAAAGUAUAAUUCAAUGUUAAAUAUAUUUUAUCUUGCAUAUUAAAGUAUAAUUCAGAGUUACACGCAACCUUAGUCUUCUAAAUUCGUAAACAGUAUAACGCUAAAAAUUAUAUCAUGAUCUACUUUGCAUAGUUAAAUGCCUUAUUUGUUAGUUAAAUAUACAGGUUUUAGAAAAUAUUCUAAAAAGUUUUAUAAAUUGUUAGAAUAUUUUAUAAUAAUUAUGUUACAUUUUACAGACACUAUUUAAGAAACUCAUCUGUCUUCCCUAUUUCUAGCAAACUAUAGAGUUCGCAUUUGUUCAUUUUAAAUUAAUUUAGAAUUAUUUAUGGUACUUUUUAUAGCGAAUUUUGCACGAAGGAAGGUUUCCGUUAAAAAAGCUUGUUUAUUUAAAAUAUCGUGAAGUAUUUAAUUACCUUUACGUGAAACAAAGUAGAUACUGAUUAUCAAAGAUAUAUAAGCUCCAGCUGCACAACUGAAAUCAAGCUUUUAGCGUUUGAACUUCGGUUUUCGUUUGAAUGUAUGCGAAAUGUAAAAUUUGCGAGAGACGAAAUACUUCUUUAACAAAUCUGUGUUAGUUGAUUGAUUUAGUUAAAGUAAAGUAUGUAAGUGCUGUGUGUCAAGGAAGAGCUCCAUUUGUGGAGGAUUGUUUAGGAAAACAGUUUUGUAUUUAUGUUAUUUAUUUUUUAAAAUGCUCAUGCAGCUAGCCCUUUUGGCGGAAAAUAAAUCUAAAAAAAAAAAAAA